AAAAGAGCGUCUCUGCUCUUUUACGGGAACACAAACAGUCAAUACGGAUCACAGCUUCAUCCGGCUCUGUAGCUGAAGCAGGGGCUUUUAUACUGAAAUCUCAAAGCGGAAGUUGUACCUCUGGCAGUUCGGGUUUGACGCCAAGUGAUGAACCGAGUCUCUUCCUCGCGCUAAUUUAACAUGGAAGCGCCUGAAAACCUGCCCGUUGAGGCUGUCAGCAUCGCUCAAGAUGCUGCAUCGAGCCCCGUGGAAGUGGACGCCGCUGUGCUGCUGCUGGGAGCGGGAGUUACAGCCAUCACACACCCGCUGCUAUACGUCAAGCUGCUAAUACAGGUAGGACAUGAACCUCUUCCUCCAACUGUGGGCACCACCAUGUUUGGAAGAAGAGUGCUAUACCUGCCCGGCUUCUUCUCCUAUGCACAGCAUAUUGUGGAGGUGGAUGGAAAGGGGGGUCUGUUCCGCGGCCUUUCCCCUCGCAUCAUAUCCAGUGCCAUCUCCACCGUGGUCAGAGGGAAAAUUAAACAGCAGGUGCAGCUUCGAUCAAAGAAAGACGAACAGCAGACUUCCCUCGGGAAAGUGAUCAGAGAGACCUCACACGAGAUGAUCAUCCAGUGCCUGUCCAGAGUGGCAACACAUCCUUUCCAUGUCCUGUCAGUUCGCUGUAUGGCCCAGUUUGUUGGCAGAGAGGUGAAGUACAGGGGGAUGUUCAGUUCUUUUAUCAAGAUUUUUAAGGAGGAGGGCAUAGCUGGAUUUUAUGUGGGUCUCAUACCGCAUGUACUGGGAGAGGUCCUGUUCCUGUGGUGUUGUAACCUCCUGGCACACUUUAUUAACACCUACGCUGUCGACGAAAGUUUCAGCCAGGCCUCGGCAGUAAGGAGCUACACUAAGUUUGUGAUGGGCAUUGCAGUGAGUGUUCUCACCUAUCCGUUCAUGCUGGUUGCUGAUGUGAUGGCAGUCAACAACUGUGGUCUGGCUGCAGGUCUUCCUCCUCGCUCUCCUGUCUUUAAGUCCUGGCUGCACUGCUGGAAUCAUCUAAACCACAAGGGUCACCUCUUCAGAGGAUCCAGCUUCUUCUUCCGUCGGGUGCCCAUUGCCUCGUUGCCAUCCAUGGAGGAGUGACGUCGUCGUUAUCCCCAGCCGCCGGGAUGUCCUUCCUCGCCCUGCUCAGAAACAUGCCCCCUCCCUCCGCUGCCAGCCAGACAUCCAGAUGUAGCCGGCAGCACCGCUCAUGGAGUGCCAAAGCAGCUUCAGUCCAGUUCAGAGGACUGACGAAGGAUCUGGUUCUUUCCAGAAAUCAGGGAUUGAUGCAGAAUCAGUUCAGAAACUUUUUGUUUUUGUUUAAAACUGUGAUCAGACAUGCAGCUGAAGCUCGGUGCAGUUCAGCUGCACAGAGGCACAAAUUCAUCCUCAUGUGGCCUCAGCCAGUUUUUACUUUUGUCCCGCAACUUCUUACCUUUAGAGCCAGUAGGCAAAAAAAACUUGCAGAAAUAUUCUCAUUUAUUCAUCAACUAAACCAGCCCAUGUUCAGAUGUGCCAGUUGUACAUAUCUUUAACCUCUUCUUGAUGAGACCUAAUAUUUUUUUACUCCUGUCCAAAAUAAUAUACCCAUAUAUAGUAUAUCUUCACAACUACAAGGGCUGUUUGUAUAAUCUUGGUGUCUACACGUGAGAGAUUACUACAGAAGUGUCAGAAUCAAGGCGUGCGUUAAUUCACCCGGAACGCAGUAGAGCUGCUUGGUAGAGUCUUUUAGCUGAGUUUCUCCUCUCAUGUUGCUAUGCUACAUGUUAGCAUUGGUUCUUCUAACCAUGUGCAACGAUUCUCUGGACUGCUAGCAUCUCAUGCUGCCCCCUGUACAGGAGGCUCUCGUCAAGAAGAGGUUAGCCUAGCCAGUCGUCUGCCGCCUUAAAACCACCUGUAGCUGAGAGAGCGAGAUCCUGAGUGGAAGUGGGGCGAGAUGGGCUUCCAUCCGCAUCAGAGUGGCUGAUUUCAUGACCAGUACUGCCAACAAUGAGAAGCUUUGUGGAAGUUUUUAGUCGUAGAUUUAUGAAAGAAAGGAACACACUACGUCUCAGGAGUAACAACAAAACUUUCAGCCAAUCAGGGCAGAGCUUUGUGGCCACAGGGACGCUGUACCCGGAGAUCUGCUGCAGUGCCCGACAUGUCCCGUCUGCAGCCGCCUUCCACCCACACUGUUUUUAACCAGCAUGCAUUGCUUCCAAACCAUCAUGCAUCACUUAAGUUCAAGUGAAGCUAGAUGGUCUGUGUCAGAGUAGCAUGCAUGAGGUUGGAGACCCGAACUGUUCCAGCAGACUGUGAUCAGAACAUGCUCAUCACUGACUCUGUGGUGGUUUUAAUGCUGCUCAUCAGUUUCUGUUUAACUUAUUGGUGUAAUUUGGGUUAAUCAGCUUGUUAGUCUUACUGCGAGUUUGCAGUGUUGACACACAGAUGAGUCUCCCAGUGUGAUCUUUGGUUGCAGCCUCAGCCUUUGUAGCACCAUCAGGCCUCUCCUGUUUGUGAGGACAGAAGGAGUCUGAUCUGCUGCUGCUUCACAUUUUAUGUCCGUCAGGUGGAAGCGGACUGGUUUCUGAUUAUAACAGAGCUGUGCUAUUUUUUAUUUUAAAAGAUUUAACAAUGCUAGAGUAUAUGAGAUAAUAUAUGUGUAUAUGUAUUAUAUAGGGUGCAUGGAAGAUGAAUACAUAUGAUGGAGACUACUGAAACGCUGUAUUACAAGCCUGUGUCCAUUGGAGAUGGGUUGAAAUGUAAAAUAUGAAUGAAAACCAAAUAAAAUGAUCAGAAAAUCA